UUGUUCCUAUUUAUGGGACGUAAUGAAUCGACCAGCAAAAAUAUUCAACCGGAAAACUGCCGGUUACAGCAGUUUAAUAACAUUUGUUAUAUUAGCGAUAGCGUGGUUAGCGAGUUUCUCAUCUCGGCUAUUUGCUGUCAUAAGAUUCGAGUCAAUCAUUCAUGAAUUUGAUCCAUGGUUUAAUUACCGUGCUACUGCUUAUAUGGUGCAGCAUGGUUUCUACAAGUUCCUCAAUUGGUUCGAUGAAAGAGCCUGGUAUCCUCUUGGUAGAAUAGUUGGCGGCACUGUUUAUCCAGGACUAAUGAUAACAUCGGGGAGUAUACACUAUUUGUUGCACGCCUUAAAUAUUCCUGUGCAUAUACGUGACAUAUGCGUUUUUUUGGCACCUGUGUUUAGCGGACUUACAGCAAUAUCAACAUAUCUGUUAACCAAAGAGUUAUGGUCGCCCGGUGCUGGUCUCUUCGCCGCUAGUUUUAUCGCUAUUGUGCCUGGCUAUAUAUCGCGAUCAGUAGCCGGUUCAUACGAUAAUGAGGGUAUAGCGAUAUUUGCUUUACAAUUUACAUACUUCUUAUGGGUGCGUUCAGUGAAAACAGGAUCAGUGUUUUGGGCAUCGGCGGCGGCAUUAUCAUAUUUUUAUAUGGUGUCAGCUUGGGGCGGAUAUGUUUUUAUCAUAAACCUGAUACCGCUGCAUGUUUUUGUGUUGCUUAUAAUGGGACGUUAUUCCCUAAGGCUUUUGACUAGCUACACUACGUUCUACGUGCUUGGAUUGUUACUGUCGAUGCAAAUACCGUUUGUGGGUUUCCAACCUAUACGCACCAGUGAACAUAUGGCUGCUCUUGGCGUAUUUGUGUUGCUGUUAGUGGUUGGAUUCUUACGUCACUUGCAAACAGUAUUAUCUCGCAAUGAGUUCAAGAAAAUCUUUAUUUUCGGUGGACUGCUGGCAGCUGCAUUGGUAUUUGUAGCAGUUGUUGGCCUUACAAUGAUGGGAGUUAUUGCUCCAUGGAGUGGACGGUUCUAUUCUCUAUGGGACACUGGCUACGCCAAGAUCCAUAUACCAAUUAUUGCCUCCGUAUCGGAGCAUCAACCUACUACUUGGUUCUCAUUUUUCUUCGAUCUGCACAUUUUGGUCUGCGCGUUUCCGGUUGGUGUUUGGUAUUGUAUCAAAAAAAUCAAUGACGAACGAGUCUUUGUUGUGCUUUAUGCAAUUAGUGCAGUGUAUUUUGCGGGAGUAAUGGUGCGUUUAAUGUUAACCUUAACACCGGUUGUUUGUAUGUUGGCCGGCGUUGCAUUUUCAACGUUAUUGGAUGUUUAUUUACGUGAGGAUAAUACAAAAUCAAAUACAACGCUUACAGAAGAUAACGAUGAAAACUCUACCGAGAAGAAAACUUUAUAUGACAAAGCUGGAAAAUUAAAACAUCGACCGAAACAUGAUGCCCAGCAACAUGAAACCGGCACAGGAAUCGGUUCUAAUUUGAAAAGUUUCGUAAUAUUGGCAAUUUUAAUGAUUCUAAUGACAUUUGCAGUACAUUGCACAUGGGUAACUAGUAAUGCCUACUCAAGUCCUUCAAUUGUUUUAGCGUUUCACAAUAAUCAUGAUGGGUCUCGCAGCAUAUUAGACGAUUUCCGUGAAGCCUACUAUUGGCUGUCACAGAAUACUGCAGACGAUGCCCGAGUUAUGUCUUGGUGGGAUUAUGGUUAUCAGAUUGCCGGUAUGGCUAAUCGUACCACUUUAGUCGACAAUAAUACUUGGAAUAAUAGUCACAUAGCUUUGGUCGGAAAAGCUAUGUCUUCUACCGAAGAAAAAGCCUAUGAAAUAAUGACAACGCUGGACGUCGAUUAUGUUUUAGUUAUAUUUGGUGGUGUUAUCGGUUAUUCUGGUGACGAUAUAAAUAAAUUUUUAUGGAUGGUACGAAUAGCAGAAGGUGAACAUCCCAAAGAUAUAAAAGAAAGUGACUAUUUCACAGAACGUGGUGAAUUUCGCAUAGACUCUGAAGGAUCUCCAACCUUACUCAACUGCUUAAUGUACAAACUUAGUUAUUAUCGGUUUGGAGAACUAAAAUUAGAUUAUAGAGGGCCGGCAGGUUACGACCGAACCCGCAAUGGAGUUAUAGGAAAUAAGGAUUUCGAUUUAACGUAUCUGGAGGAGGCGUAUACCACCGAACAUUGGUUAGUUCGCAUUUAUCGCGUCAAGAAACCACAAGAGUUCAAUAGACCGGCAUUAAAAUUACGGGAGCGUACAAUAGGACCUACAAAUUUUCAAUCAAGAAAGAAUGCUAAACGUAGGAAGGGUUAUAUUAAGAACCGGCCCGUCGUUGUAAAAGGCAAAAGAAAUCGUAAAUAAAUCAUUUUGCAUUCAACGCAUUUUAAUGUAAAG